UUAUAUCUUAUUCUACGAUAGUAAAAUUUAUGUUUAUUACUGACAAAAACUAUAAUAAUAAUAAUAAUAAUAAUAAUCAUAACUGAGAAAUAGAACUAUUAAAGAUUCAAAAUGGAAUAUCACAUCAAUUACAAUCACUUAUUCGACUGAAAUCUCCUUAUUCAUGAUUUAUUGAAGAGUAUUCAUUAGAUGUUUCUCUUUUUUUUCUCUCAGUUCAAUGAAUACGGAUUCCAUUAUUGAUUAUUGAUUAAAACAAUAACAACAACAACAACAAGAGUAUUGAUUUAUUCAUAAUAAAAUAAAAUAAUGAAUGUAUAUAAUAGUGAAAUUGUAUCAAUCAAAUCAUUGCAUAGUAAUACUAGUCAUGUAUUAUCAUCAUCAUCGAAUUCUUCAUCACAACAAUCAUCUAAUUCAUUAAGAGCACCAUCUAUCACUGGUUUACCACAAUUGAAAAAUCUUACAGCCAUAGAAAUUAAUAAUAUUAAUAAAAAUCCAUUCAUUACAUAUCCAAAUGAUAAAUAUUAUAUAAAAAAUAUACCAAAUAUUAUUAAUACUACUCAUAAUAAUACUACUACUGAUUUUACUGAUGAAAUCUUUCAAACCAAUGGACAAUUAUUAACUAUUCCAGAUGGAAUGAAUCAUAAUCAUAAUAAUAAUAAUAAUGAAUCAAAUCUAUGGAAUUUGAAUUAUAAUACACAUUCUAUUCAUAAACAUAAAACUAGAAAUAAUACAUUAUUUUGUGGUCCAGGACGUAAACGUUAUUUAAUUGCAUUUUUAUGUUGUACAUGUCUUACUAUUGUUAUUGGUAUGAGAUCAGAAAUGUUAGGUAUUAUAACAAAUUUAAAUAAUACUAAUACACGUAUCACAUUUGGUAUUAAAUAUACAACAAAUAUGAAAUAUCAAAUGGAUUAUAAUCAUCAUCAUCAUCAUUAUCUUCAUAAUCAUAUGAAUUUACUCAAUAGAUCAAAACAAAUGAAUCAUAUCAAUAUAAAUGGAUCUAUAUAUUCAAAGAAAGAACAACAAGAAGGAGAACAACAGGAAGAAGAAGAUAAUGAUGAUGAGGUUAUUGAUCAUGAAUUACAUACCGAUUCAAAUAGACUAUUAGAUAAUAUACGUCCAUCAACAUCAUUAAUAUUUAAACCAUCAGAACAUCGUAAAAUGCCAUGGACAGAAACAAUUAAAAAUGAUAUAGUAGAAAAUUCUGUAUUUUUUGCUUAUUUAAUAACAAGUCCAAUAGGUGGUUAUUUAACAGUGAAUUAUGAUUCAUCAUUUUUAUUAGGUAGUUCUGUAGCAAUUACAUGUGGUAUGAAUUUAUUUUUACCACUUGUUGAAACUAUAGGUAAUAAUAUUAAUGCAAAAUUAAUUAUGAUUAUAUUAUUAAGAUUAAUACAAGGUUUAGCUGAAGGUUGUUUAAUACCAUCAGUAUUUGGUAUAUUACGUUUUUGGAGUCCUAUUAAUGAACGUUCAACAUUAGUAUGUUUAUCUGUUAUUGGUGUAUCAUUAGGACCAUUAAUUGGUUUACCAGUAUGUGCUGAAAUUGAAAAAAAAUGGGGUUGGGGUGUUGUAUUUUAUAUCUAUGCUAAUUUAGGUUUAAUAUGGUGUAUAUUUUGGUGGAGAUUAAUUGAUGAAAAACCAAAUAAAGAUAAAAAAUUAAAUAAAUAUGAAUUAAAUUAUUUAAAAUCAACAAUAUCUAAUCGUAUAUUAUAUAAUCAUAAUUAUACUCAGAUACCAUGGAAUAAAAUAUUUACAUCACGUCCUGUAUAUGCUAUAUUAUUUACAUAUGCUGCAGAUGAUUGGACAUUUCAAAUAUCAUCAGUAUGUAUGCAAUCAUUUUAUCAACAAAUUUAUAAUGUAGAUGUGGAACGUACUAUAUUUUUUUUAUCAUUCCCUUUUUUAUCAAGAUCAAUAUUUGUACCAAUUGGUGGAAUAUUUGCAGACUUGUUAAGAAUUAAUACUAAAUUAUCACGAACUACAAUACAUAAAUUAUUUGCUGGAUUAGGAUUUGGAUUAAAAGGUAUAUUCUUUAUAGCACUUGGUUAUGCACCAUCUGAAAUCUAUGCAACAAUGUUACUUUCAUUGGCAUUAGGUUUCUCUGGAUUGGCAGUAGCAGGCUACGCUGUAAAUGUGAUUGAUUUAGCUCCUAAUUUCUCAGGUUUGGUUAUGGGAUUCGCUAACAGUGUCAGUACAUUUACAGGUAUUUUAUCAACAUUUAUCGCAUCAGUUGUUGUACAUAAAUUUGGUUUAGAAUUAAAAAAUGGUUGGAGAGUUGCUUUAUGUUUAGCAGCAUUUAGUCAAUUUGUUGCUAUGAUUACAUAUUUAUUAUUUAGUUCAAGUGAACAACAAUCUUGGGCAUAUUCACCGACAAUUGAAAGUGUUGACAAGAAUGAUGAUGAUGUUGAUGAUGAUGAUGAUAAUAAUAAUAAGAAUAGACCUAUGGAACAAAUCAAUCAUUCCAUGAUUUGAUGUAUAUUAUCUUCUUUGAAUAAUUGUCUUUAAUUACAUUUAUUUUAUUUUAUUUUGAAGUUUAGUUUGAAUAUAUUUUCCAAGAUUUUUGCAUGAGUUUCAUGAAAAAGAAAAAAAAGAAAGAAAAAAGAAAAAAAAAGAAAACUAGUUUCCUCAACAUAUAAAUCUCACUUUAGAUUUUAUUGAUUCUUUCUUAUGAAACAAGAAGAAAACAACAAAAAAAAAACGACAACAAAACAACUCUGAUAUUUGUAAUUGAAUCAUAAACAAAACUGUAGAGAAAGUGUUUAUUUUGAAAUAAAAGAGAAUAUUUUCGUUUUGUUUAUGUGAU